AUGUCGGAUUCCAACACAACCCACUUCACCAACCCCUCCACCUUCAUCCUGCUGGGCAUCCCAGGCCUGGAGGAGGCCCAUGUCUGGAUCUCCAUCCCUUUCUGCAUCAUCUACGCCAUCGCCCUCUUGGGGAAUGUGACCAUCCUGUUGAUUGUUUUGAAAGAGCCGAGCCUCCACCAACCCAUGUACUAUUUCCUUGGCAUGCUGGCCAUCACCGACCUGAUUCUCUCUACAUCAACCGUGCCCAAGAUGCUGAGCAUCUUCUGGUUCAAUUCCAGGGAGAUCGAUUUCAGUGCCUGCCUCACCCAGCUGUACUUCAUUCACUGCUUUUUAAAGAUAGAGGGUGGAAUCUGCGUGGCCAUGGCUUUGGAUCGCUACGUGGCCAUCUGUCAUCCUCUGAGACAUUCCACCAUCCUCACAAACUCCAUGGUGACCAAGAUUGGCUUGGCCAUGAUGUUGCGCGGUGGCAUACUCUCACUGCCCUAUCCCUUCCUGGCCAGGCAGUGGCCAUAUUGCCGGACCAACAUCAUUCCCCACACGCACUGUGAGCACAUCGCUGUGGUAAAGCUGGCCUGUGCCGACAUCCGUGUCAGUAGUUACUAUGCUCUCUCUGUGGCAUUAUUUUUGACUGUUCUGGAUGUGUUUUUCAUCACCCUGUCCUAUGCCCAGAUCCUCAGGGCCAUCUUCCACCUCCCCACAAAGGACGCCCGGCUCAAGACUUUUGGGACUUGCACCUCUCACCUCUGUGUCAUUUUAGCCUUUUACAUCCCAACUCUCUUCUCCUUCCUCACACAACGGUUUGGCCACAACGUGCCCUUGUAUUACAAUGUUCUCACUGCCAACAUGUACCUUCUAAUGCCCCCCAUGCUGAACCCCAUCAUCUAUGGGGUGAGGACCAAACAGAUCCACGACAAGCUGCUACGGUUUGUUUCUCUUAGGGAAUAA